AUGGUGAAGCCGUGGCCUUCGAGAUCGACGACGAAGAAGGACGUACCCAGCACAAUAACGACUCGAAUUGGCACUCGAGCGUUGAGGACGUCGGGUAUUGGAACGGAUCUCCUAGCAGCGCUACGUCGGAGGAUCACACGGAGGCCCAAACCUCCUGCGAUCACUGCAGAGCCUGAACACGAGAUCUCAGCGCCUCCAGUCGUGGCUCAAAUAGCACCAAAGCCUUCGGUUUCGACUAUUAACGUGAGCCAACCAGUGGCGCCCAAGCCUCCGCCAGGAUCUGAUGAAGAAAGUGAAGAAUCGGGCGAUGACGAUGAAGUGGAACUAACUGGAGUCGAAGGCGCUAAGAAAUCGGAGAAGAAGAAGAGUCAACGACCGAGUCUCGGCUUGAAUCGAUGGGUGCCUAAGUUGCUGAAUCCCGUGGAGAAACAUCGUGAUCGUGUGCACCAUAAGAAGAAGAAGUUCGUUUUUUCAGCUCAUAAACGUCCUCCAGUCAUAUUCACCGACUCGAGACGGCCAGUUGUCGAGCUGUUAGCUCGAAUUCUAGAAUUUCUAGACCCUUUCGAACCCGCACGAGUCAUUGCGUACGUCAACAAGUCGACGGCUGUAAGUGUCAAAGCAUAUUAUGAUCUAUACUGUCCUUUUCCUCGACCUCGGAGAUAUCUCGUCCAUCGACUGUUUGAGAACCGCAACAGUAUCUUUCCAACUAAAGUGAUGGAACUACUGUCAAUUAAUGACCGAGUACGAGCCAGUGCAAGUUGCUGGUCAUUCUACGAGGCAUCGAACUCGCUGCCUCUAGAAUUCAAUGGCGCAAGAGCUGCUCAAGAGUUUCUUGCAUGCUUCGAAUACCCACGAACUUUCCGUGUCCACAAGCGCUUUAAGAAGACCCCGGCAUUAUUAUUCAACGAAGCUACCGACGAGGACGUAGUGAAUAUCAUUCAAAUGAUGGAGCGUGGAAAUGAUGAUGAUGAUACCGACGAUGAUAGUGAUUGUUUUGCUGCUGUCCGAGAGAUCUCGCUGCGUAAAGUUAGUGAGUUGAGCCUGGCAAAGGGAAAAUAUUUCCAGCAGCUUUUACAGACGCUCUUCAUGGAUCACGUGAGCUCCCGAUUAAGCACGUUAGAACUCGCCGAGCUGAACCUUGAGGAUCUGCAAUUCAAACAACUCGCUGGGCUAUGGCGAGGGGCACGAUUCCCAAGUCUACAGCGUCUGAGCUUGGCUAAUAACGCAUUCAGCAGUCGAUUCGUCAGAGACUGGAGUUGGGGCUUCGAAAACGACAGUUUUAUCAAUCUACAAGCGAUCGACGUGUCCAACACUGAAAUGACCAACCAAGACCUCCAGCGCUUCAUUGCUUGUCUAUUGACAACUCCAGCACUUCAGAUUCUCACUUUAUCUCACAAUUUGUGCUCGUUUACUACAGUCCAAAAACUGCGCGAGCUGAUCGAAUCGAGAGCGUUGAAGAAUCUCAAAGAACUGCAUUGUGUGGCUAUUACAGCCGACGAAACAGCGAUGGGGUAUUUGCUGGAGAUAUUCCAGAUUAAUCCACCGUGCUGCCCUCACCUGCACAUGCUCGAUGUGAGCGGUAACCCUCUCAGUAACCCCAAAGCAGCGACUCAACUUGCCCGAGUCUUCACCUCGAACCUUCAAGUAUCGUCCAAACUAACGACACUCAACAUUUCAAGUAUGCAUCUCGGAGACGAGGGCCUUCAAAUAAUCGCUGCAGCAAUUUUACAAGGACCAGCAAUACAGAUCCAGUGCUUGGACGUCUCAGACAACGCUAUUCGGUCAUCUAUUGAUACGUUCGCUCAGGCAUUGACAACUGGAAAGCUUCCACAUCUUCGUUCCCUGAUAGUUGCAGAUAAUGAUCUAGGAGCAUUGGAAUUCGAAGCGUUGGGCUCAGCAUUGGCAACUAAUUGCUGUCCUCGACUACAAGAUCUUGAUUUAUCAGCAAACUUCGCGCGUGGGGAGGGCAUUGCACGUUUCUGCUCAUUUCUGCUGUCACCCCCAGCACGAUACCUUUGGUCACUGGAUCUCAGCGACAAUGAAAUCCCACAUCGCGGACUGCUUCUCCUCAACGAGACGUUGGCUCGUGGCAAGUGCAAACAACUGCACGAGCUCAAUUUAUCUCGCAAUUCCGACUUGAAGGCCAUUGUGUCGUUCUUGGAUCUCAUUCGAGGCGAUGGUUUGCCAUCUCUCACUAUACUACAAGUGGGUUAUGCACAGAGUCGCUCGGAGGGGUACAACCUCGUCCAAGACACUCUGAAACAACGGAGCGUUCAAGAACUUAGGCGACUCAAGCAGCUUCGUUUUGAGGAUAAAUUACGCGCUAUUCAGCUAAGAAAUGACGAUAAGGCAGAGCGAGAUCAAAUGCGAUGUUACCGACAAACUCAACGGCUUCGUGAGGUCUACGAUCACCUCGAAAGCGAAGCUGAUCGAGCCCUACGACGCCGUAAGCAGGUCAAGAAAUCCUCCCAACUGCACAUUCAUCAGGAGAUCAAACGCCAAAAACAAGAACGUGCCAGUGCACAGCUCGGCAGAAAACUCGACCUUAACGUACAUGCAGCCUAGCAAACCUCAUUAUGAAGUCAAGUUACGGGCACAAAAAAAAUAUUCACAGUGUUAAUCCUGAGUCAGCUGAGCACUCAGAGCUCGGUAGGACCAGCAAACUUCUCCGCCAGCUUGAGCAACACGUUCGUUUGCGCGGCCAUCAUCUCC